UCGGUGUAAUAUCCAAGUUCACUGGCCGAGAUUUCAGCCGCUCCCUUCGUCUUUUAGGGAGAAAUGAGCGCGUUUAAACUAUCCAAUAUCUGGCAGGAGGACAUCGCAAUAAACUUGUCUAAACUAUUUUCUUCGAACAAGUCUGUGGAGGAUAACCCAACGAAAACUACUUCCGAAACAGUCAGUCUUAAGGACAAGCAAACUGCAGUGACCCCAAAAGAUGGAAAAAUAAAUGAACAGGCUUUCUCUGGGUCUGCAAAUAAGUUGGUUACAGACCUGGCAAAGGUUUUUCAGGGUUCUGUGGACAAAGAGAAGUCUUCAGCACAGGAGGAACCAACAGAUAGUGAAGCCAUUGGAUUAUUUCCAACCAUUGGUUUGAACCAACCUGAGGAAGGGCUUCGACAGAAAUUGGGAAGUUUUUUUAGUCGUACCUCAAAAUCCAAACCAAAACAAUCAUUAACUUCACCUCAAAGUGAGAGUGUCAGCAGCCUAGAUUUGAACACUGAAUAUCGCAAUGGAACUCCAGUCCCAAAGCAGAAUGAUGCUGCAGAAAAGGAGCCUCUUAGUAAGCAUAUUACAGCAGGCCUUGGCAGCAAUGCUGGGGAGAAUGGCAACAGAACAUUGAUGGUAACCUGUCUUGAGACUCCUUCCACAGAGCAGAUAUUUGACCAAUCAGGAUUAGUUGAGCAGAAUAAAUCUGAGGUUGUAAAUCAUAAAGGAAUCAAAAUUAAUUCAACCACUUCAGCACAAUACACGGGAAGUGGCCAAUCAGAAGAAAAAUUUAACAGUUCUGCUCAAACCCCAGAUCCUACAGCCCCUCAGAAAUUAAGACAGUUCAGCAGUAGUAUUCCAUUACAGAAGGAUGAUAAUUCAUCUGCUUAUCAGAGAAGCUUAACCAAGCCACAAACAGUAGUUGACAAAUGCAAAGAAAUUAAUAGCCAAGUUUUGGAAGAUGGAGUCAAUGGAAGAGAUAAUGUUGAGAAUGAGAACAAAAUGUCAGUUCCUCGGACUAUCACCUAUUCAACUUACUGUGGGGCAAGGAGGAUCAGAAGAAGGAGAACACAGAGGAAACCAUUCCAACCAUUAAAGCCCACAAUCUCUGAAGUAGAUGAAAGGAAUCUGACUUCAUUGGAUGAUCAAAAGGAAGAAGAAACUAAGCAAUGUGUCCUUUUGCCAGCUCCAGAAAUGACUGAGAUCCAGACACCAAUAGAAGAAAAAAUACCCUUAAUCAUGGCAAAUGAAUCAAUAGCAAUGAAUCAAUCAAAUCAUGGCAAAGGAAAUGAUGAAUUACAGCCCAGAAUCAGCAAACCUGAGUUGGCCAAAGAUGAAAAAUUAGAAAAUGAAGCACCAAUGCAGCAAAGCUCUUUUAGUGAAGUCAUCAGGGACAUGGAAUUAACUGAUCUACAUCAAGAGAUAACGAAAAUAAUAACUGACUACAACACAGUGACAAUAGGUACAAUAGAUAGCAUCAAGAAACAAGCAAUACAAUCCGAUACAUCUGUAUCAAACACAACCAGUAGACAAAAGCUGACUGGUGUCAAUCCUAAUGACAUAUCUGCACCCAGUGUACCUGUGGCUCCUGAAGACUUAUAUUCAAAAGGAAGCGGUGUGCCCAUGAUGGACACAAAAUAUUUAGCUCAGAAGAAUAGCCUGAUUGUAGAUCACAAUGAUCUGAGUCACAAGAAUGAAGACUUUAUUGACACAGAAACAGCUACUCAAACUGAUAGUUCACCCAAAACAACUGUUAUUGUGAACACCCAGCAAAAGGCAUACAUUCCAUCUGUUUCAAAGAGCAUCAAUACAAAAGAAAAUAAAUCCAAUGUACCAUGGGCACACAGUUUUACUGUAGAUGAAGUUGGAGCAUCAGCAACUCAAAAUUUCAAACCUGUCAAUUUGAAUACUCUUACGUCCUUGGAAAACCAAAAAGCUGAUAACACAGAUACACAAGGAAAAAAUAUUGCAUCUAAUUCAGCAGAAGAUGUGGCUCUGGGUCUUCCUCUAUCUAUUGUGUUUAACCAAGAUGACAUAGAAGAACAGAAAACAGGACCUGUGAGCAAAGGUGGAAAGCAAGCCCAAAUGGUGGACAUUUCAGACAAUGUUACAGCUGAUCCAACAAUAGUUGUCUCUUUAACAGAACCGGUGAAAACAAUCCACUUGAGCAAGAAUGUGGAUACACAAAAAGUAAUACGUAAUGAUAAAAACGAUGUUCAAUUGGAAAUUCCUAGUGGGACUCAAAUAAUUGAACACACAACAGUAUCAGAAACUGUCACAAUGUUUGAUGAUAAAAGAAGCAUUCCUGAUGUCUGUACCAAUGACAUGGCUGAAGAGCAAAAAGGCAAGGUUAACAUUACAAGAUUAUCCACUGGGAGCCUGACAAUAGAAACUGGGUAUGAAAUCGAGAAAUCACCAAAGAAGUAUAAUCAUGCUAUGCAAAGAAGUGCAGAAACUGCUUUAACACAUGUAAAUGAGGAAACACCAUCAGAGGUACCGAACAGACAAAUUAAUCAGAAUUCAACCGUGUUGACAACUAUUGAAAUGAUUAAUGAAGCAAGGACUGAAGAUACAGCUACAAGUACAAAUGAAUCAACAGCUAUAAAUGAGAAUGAUGAAGUUUCCAAGAUGCCUUGUAUUAUUGACUCUAAAAUUGCUCCAGUGACAGCCCCAAUUACAAUACAGUCAAAUGGGAUUAGCAAUUCUGAAGCUACCAUAACCACUGAACACCAAGAGAUUGCAGAUUCCAGCUAUCCACAGACUGAGAAAUCAUUGCACAUUCAAAACCCAGCCCAAAUGUACAAAACCUAUUCUGUAAAUGAGCAUGGUCACACUUCCGAAGUUUUACAGGGUACUCAAGUCCCUUUGCUUGAGCCAAAGCUUCCGAGCACAACCAGGCCAUCUUUACUGAGUGAAAGUAUAUUCUACAGAUUCUAUCAAGAAUCAAUGGAGUUAUUAGAUUCAGAUAUUAAUAUCAAUUCAACUUCAAAUAAUGAAACAGUAACUAUGCCAGUUGUUAAAGAAAAUCAGUUGAUUGAAGAAAUCCAUGACAACACAGAAGUAUCUAAUUUUGUAACAAUGCAGCAAGAUGCCAAUGAAUCAUCCAUUGAAACAAGCAGAAAGUGUAGCCCGUCAGAAAAUAGUCUGUGGUACAGAUGUUUUCAACAAAGUUCUGGCUUGUUGAACACAGAGAGUAAUAUACAGCCGAAUAUAAUCAGUGAAACAAAUUUCGAAAAUGCACAGAACAAUGAAAUGGUACAAUUGACAAAACCAAGUACUCGCAUAGCAAAUUUUGCUGAGGAAGUAAUUCAAGGUACCUUAGAGGGAGAUGUACUGAAUAAUUCUAGGAUGACCAGUUGUCACGAAAAAGAUGAGGAAAUGGCAAAGAAAAUUGCAAUCCAUGAUAAGGAUAACUCAAAUUCAACAAAUUCAGAUAAACCAGAAGACAAAGAAAUUCCUUUAAAAAUUAAAGAAAAUAGAGAAGGAAAUAUCAGUUUACAAUCAGGAGCAGAACAAAUGAAAGCAAUGUGUGCAAUUGAUGCAUCCCAGGCACUUCCAGCUGAAAGAGUACUAACUGCAGAUAGUGGUGACACUUUGGAAGGAAAGGCAAAAGAAGUAAAAGAGAAAUUAGUAUCUUCAGCUGUAGAAAUGAUACCACACACCCAACUAGCUAACGUAACAAACAAAAUAGGUAUUAUUAAUAGACAAAUGACUCCAGAUUUCAUACAAAAUACUGGGCUAAUGAAUAGUAUGAAAGAUAUUGACUUAAAUGAAUGCAUGAAUGAAUUAACAAUGAAUAAAAUGAUUGAAGAUGAACCCGAAGAAUUAAAGAAAAUUCUACAAAUUAAGGAUGAGAGACGAAAGGUGGUGGUAGACUCAGACCUAUCAGAGGAAUCUGAAAAUAGUUCUGCACAGAUCCCUGGAGAAGAGAGUAAAGACUCAUUUCUGUUCACACAUGAAAAUAUUUCUGAAUAUGUUCCUUCAAUCCACAGAGCUGAUGAGAAAAAUGCUUCAAUAAUGGUGGAACCACAUGAGAAAAGUAUCAGUACAGCAUCUUUAUUGCCAACCGACACUGACCUUACACUGGUAUGUUCUGUUAAAGAUAAUAUAAACCAGGUAGCAGGAACGGGCCACUUAAAUCUUACCCCAACAGGACAUGAAACUGGCAUCACAGAAUCCACAGUUAAAACAAUUGAAAUCAACAUAAACGAUUGUCAAGUAAAAGGACCAGAUCCUACAAAAGAAAAAGGGCAGGGAACUGAGCUCAGAAACACAGUGCAUGCUACAAAAGAUUGCCUGUCAAAAGCACAUUUGGAAAUAAUUAGAACAGACAAUGAAAACUCUGAACCCAUGGCCCAGGAACCUCCUAGAGCUGCCGCAGAGCAGUGUAAUGUUCCUGAUCGAAUACAGAGUGCUGGUAUAUUAAAAUCUGGAUCUGCCACUUCAAGCCAAUCAAAUGUUUCCCAGGAAAGUUCAACAUUUGAUUUUAAGGAAAUUGGAACAAAUUCAGAAGCAACUAAUUUUCAGCCAGAUUCUGUCCCUUCUAAAGUGAGCCAGUACAGUUUCUCAGCUGGCCAAGUAGACUCCAUGAAUCAAAACACAACAUUGAAAGAAGAUGGAAGUGACACACUUUCUGAAAGGCAGAGUAGCUUCAAAAAACCGGCAUCUGAUUCAAUUAAGCCACUGAAUGGAAUGCCGAAAAGAAAAAUACAGAAGAUUCAGCUUUCGCCUGAGGAGGCAUUUAAAAACAUUCAGGUAUCUGAUGCUGUACAACUGCCACCAUCAGACUCAGGAGCAGCUUGCAAAAGUGACAUGACCGUACCAUCAGAAACAAAACCUGUUGUAGAUUCAGAGUCUUUCACAGAGCCAGUAAUCCCAUAUACCCAACCAGGUAGCAUUGCAAGCAAAGAGAAUAUCAUUACUGCAGAAACAGGACAAGAUUUCACAGACAAUACAAGGCUAAUGGAUAAGGCUAAAGGUAUUGACUUAAAUGAGAGUACAAUUAAUUUCACAAUGAACAAUUCAAUUCACCAAGACGCUGAGAAAUUAAAGAAGACACUACAUGUUAAGGAUGAGAAACUAGAUGUGGUCGUGAACUCAGAGGUAUCAGAGGCAUCUGAAGGUGACUCUGUACAGAUCCCCAGAGGAGGAAAUAAAGACUCACCUCUGUUCACACAUGAAAAUAUUUCUGAAUAUGUUCCUUCAAUCCACAGAGCUGAUGAGAAAAAUGCUUCAGUAAUGGUGGAACCACAUGAGAAAAGUAUCAGUACAGCAUCUUUAUUGCCAACCAACACUGACCCUACACUGGUACGUUCUGUUAAAGAUAAUAUAAACCAGGUGGCAGGAAAGGGCCACUUAAAUCUUACCCCAACAGGACAUGAAACUGACAUCACAGAAUCCACAGUUAAAACAAUUGAAAUCAAUGUAAACGAUUGUCAAGUAAAAGAACCAGAUCCUACAAAGGAAACAGGGCGGGGAACUGAAAUCAGGAAUACAGUGGAUGCUGCAAAAGAUUUCUUGUCAAAAACACCUUUGGAAAUAAUUAGAACAGACAAUGAAAACUCUGAACCCAUGGCCCAGGAUCCUUCUGCAGGAAAGAUAGAUCAGUGUGAUAUUGCUGAUCCACUACAGAGCGUUGCUGCUGUAUUUAAAGCCAAAUCUGUCACCAAACAUGUAUCAAAUGGUGUUCAAGAACAUUUAAUGUCUGACUAUGAGAAAAGUAAAUCUGGUCAGUUAGCUAAUCCCAGUUAUUUCAUUAAUGCAAGUUUGAAAACUAUGGAGGAGGAUGAUUCAAGAAUUUCUGGUCUACAGACCACUGUGGAUGAUUUGUUUGCAGAUAUACGAAAUAAUCAAGUGACAAAAGGCAUAGAAUUAAUUGACUAUCAUCUUAAUAAUGAGAAAGAAAUGGACCCUGAAUUUUUAGAACAGGAAGCAUUGAUCCUAGACCAGUCAUUGGGCUGCAGCUUUAGGAGUCAGAAAUAUUUUCCUUUUGGUUUACCACCAAUAUAUGAAGAGCAGGAGUUAGAAAAUGAAGCAACAAUGGAUGUGUACAGUAUCGCCCAUUCACCAACUUCAAUAACGCAGCACAGUUCUAACCACCCAGUUACAUCUGUAGCUGAACCUACAGCAGUGUCUGUGCCCUUUGUGCAAACACAAGUAAUAGUUGAGGACGCUGAGGAAGAAGAACAAAAUCCAACCAGUCCUGCUCCUGCAGUAGAUGUGAGCACAAGCCUCUCCAAUGACAACUUGAACAAACCUACUGCAAUUUCUCAGGAGAUAAGUGGAAAACAAAACCUUUCUUCACAGUUACAAAGAGAUACAUGUGAAGUUGAUUCAAAAAUAUCCCACAAUCCUGGGUCUUCUGCAGGAGAUAGUGUAUUCUACAGAUAUUUUCAGUCAUCUAAGAAUUAUUUGCCAAACGCUAAAGAAGCAUCACUACCAAGUACUUCUAAAAUAUUGACUGAUUUGCAACAUAAACCAAUUGAAGGCUCCAAACUGUUGAAAUGUUCAUUAGAUUCAAAGGGUCUUGUUGGAAACAAAAGUUUGAAAAUCAACCCAAGACCAGGGAAGGUGGUUAUUUAUGAUCAAUUAAACUUUCAUGGAAAUAAGCGUGAAAUCUUCACUGAUGUGCCUGAUGCAACAAGCUGGAUUUUUUCUGAAGGAAUCUCAUUAAAUGUUGUCCGAGGAUGUUGGAUAUUGUAUGAAAAACCUGAAUUUCAAGGCCAGACAUAUGUACUGGAAGAGGGACACAGAGAGUUAGACGAACUCUGGGUUGACAAGAACUCGCAGAUGAAACCCACAACCAUAAAAAAUGUGAUUGGCUCCAUUAAAAGGAUUGUAAAGAAUCACUGCAUUCCAGAGAUUGCAAUCUUCCAAGAACCUCAGCAGAAUGAGAUUAAAAUGUACCUGCACAGUGAAGUCACCUGUUUAGAGGAAUUUGGAAUACCAUCCACGGUAUCUUCUAUUAUUGUCAAUUCAGGAAUUUGGCUUGCUUAUUAUAAGGAAAAUUUUGGUGGUCACUGUACUCUGCUAGAAGCUGAUAAUAGUUCAGCUCCACCAUCGACUGAACUAACAUUGAACAAUAUCAAGUCAUUACGGCCUCUGGAAAUGGGUGGACUGAAAGUGGAAAGGCCUAUGGCUCCUAAGGUUAUAAUAUUCGAAAAAACAUUCUUUAAUGGACACUCCAAGGAAAUUUGCAAAGAUACAUCAAAUUUGAAAAGUCUUUGGGAGGAUGUUCCUGACCUAAACAUUAAUGACAUUAAUGGAAUAGGUUCAGUAAAAGUACUUGGUGGAGUCUGGGUUUGUUAUGAAAAGGAAUGUUACAGUGGUCACCAGUACCUAUUGGAGGAAGGAGAGUAUGAGGAUUGGCAAGCAUGGGGUGGAUUUGACAGUACAGUACAAUCCAUGCAAUACAUUCAGGCAGAUUAUAUGAAGCCAGAAAUCACAUUAUUUGUGGAAGCAGAUUUAAAGGGUGACAAGACUGUUUUUGUUAAUCAUGACAUUCCAAACUUGGAAAUUGUUGGACAUGGAACUGUGACUCAAUCAAUUGAAGUGAAAAAUGGAGUAUGGGUGGUGUAUCAUGAAGAACAUUACUGUGGAAAGCAGUACAUUCUAGAAAAGGGAGUGUAUAGAAACUACACUGACUGGGGAGGAAAUGACGGCUCAAUCAUGUCAAUACGCCCAAUACAACUGGAACUUGUUGGAGGGAACGAAGUGCAGUUUCAGCUCCAAGCAUUCAACAGAGUUGACUUUCAGGGAGAAAGUGUUGAAUUUGUAACAGAAAUACCCAGUUUACCAAGUUCACAACUAAAUUCAUUUAAAGUUCUUCGAGGAUGCUGGGUCUUGUAUGAUGGAAAAGACUACAGUGGCCACCAGUAUGUGUUGGAGGAAGGACACUACCCAGACCUUGAUUCUUUGGGAUGUCUGUCAACCAAACCAAUUCAAUCUCUGAAGCCAAUCAGAUAUGAUUUUUCCAUGCCUUCUAUCAGCUUAUUUAGCCUUUGUUCAUUUGAAGGUCAAGAGCUGAUUCUUACAGAAGGCAUUAAUUGUUGGAAGGACAAAGGUUACUACCAAAUGCCAAAAUCAGUCAAAGUGAACAGUGGAAUAUGGAUAGUCUAUGAACAUGCCAACUUCAGAGGAAGACAGUUUCUCUUGGAAAGCACUGAAAUUACCAAUUGGAAUGAAUUCAGUGAAGGAAGGACAAUUGGUUCAAUUCGUCUGCUUGAACAGCCGAGAGUCUACUUCCAAAUCAAAAACAAAGCCACAGGAGGGUUUAUGACUGUUGUUGGAGAUGCUAAAGACCCAAAGGGAUCUAAAUUAUCUGUCUGUCCUUACAAUGGUAAAACUACACAGAUGUGGUUUUACUGUAAUGGGCUUAUUCAAUCCAAGGCUAACUAUACGUGCAUAGAUGCCAUUGGUAGUCAAGGAAAGGCUGGAACCAAAGUAAUUCUUUGGACAGAACAUAGCCGCACUCAUCAGAAAUGGAACAUUAAUAGAGAUGGAACAAUUUCUUCUUUUCUAGAUUUUAAUCUGCGACUAGAUAUUAAAGGUGGUGAUUCCUAUGAUAAGCACCACAUCAUCCUAAACUCACCAGAGGAACAAAAACAGACACAAUUCUGGGAUAUUGAAGUGAUGAGAUGAGAAAAACAACAAGAAAGGAAAAAUCUGAAAUAUCAAUUCCAGGCCAACCAACGAAAACUGAUAACAAUCAAGUCUAGCAGUUAGUAAUUAGAAUUUUAGGCAAUGAGACACAUAUGAAGCUCUGUUAUUCACUAUGUUGUGACUUGCUAUGUCUAUCUAGUGGGAGGUUUCAUAAUUGUUCCCACAAGGCUAGUGUAAUUUAGAAAUUCAUUACUUUCAAACACUUUAAAUAAAGCCAGUGUAACCAAAAUGCUGAAACAAAUGGAAUAAAAUUAAAAAUACUCAGCUCCA